UUUAACAUUCCAAUAUACAUAUGCACAUGUUUUAUGCGCUUACCUGCUUUGUAUCGCUCGAAAAUCAGUUAACUUCGCAACAACGAGAAGCGAUUCGAGAUCGAUCUCGCGCGUGUUCGCGCGCCGAUUGUUCUUCAAUUUCAAGUAUAAUGGCUGCACUCGAAUGAGACGCGAGCCCUCACCUCUCUUCCGUCGUACACUUUGACACAAGCUGGUCCUGGGCUUGUCCAAAAUUCUAGUGCUCGCAGCCGUAUAUCAAAUGACCGAAAGGAUUCGCUUUGUCGUUGUAAGCAUCGAUGUAGCAACGAAGUAUCAUUUUGUUCGGGCGUUCGGUGCCGCUCUGAGGCGGAAAUCGCGUCAACUUGCUGUCAUCAGUUACAAGGAAUAACGCGCGAAAAAAAAAAACGAGCAAGAUAGAGAAAUUCUCCGUGAUUACUAUACGUAAAAUCUCCUGGCGCUUGCACUGUCCGUCCUCGGGAGGAGGAGGUCAGUGAUGAGGAAUCUAUGAAGAAUUACUGGCAUGGCCACGCGACUCAGUCCCCGAAACUCGGAGGUGAACGCUCUUGAGCAACGGGGCUAUCUGAUCGGCAAGAAGAUCGGACAGGGCUCUUACGCAACCGUCCAUCUGGCCGAGUACAUCGAUGGGCCGAGUUCCAAGAAGAUGCGCUUGGCCUGUAAGAUCUUUGACAAGGAAAAAGCGCCGGAUGACUUCUUGGACAAGUUCUUUCCCCGCGAGCUCGAGAUAUUAACGAAGAUAGAAAAUCCGCACAUCAUUCAAGUAAGAGAUACAGGAAGUCCAUCUUCGCUCGUUGUGUUAUAUAUAUCCGGUAUCCUGUAUUGGGCGCAGGUACAUAGUAUUCUGCAACGCGGCCCGCGCGUCUUCAUCUUCAUGCGCUACGCCGACAACGGCGAUCUGCUCGAUUUCGUGAAGAACAACGGCGUCGUGCCGGAACAACAGUCGCGAUUGUGGUUUCGUCAAAUGGCGUCCGGUCUGCACUACCUUCACAAUAAGAACAUCGCGCAUCGGGAUCUCAAGUGCGAGAACAUACUACUCUCGCGGAAGUUCAAUGUGAAACUGGCGGACUUCGGUUUUGCUAGGUUCUGCAUUGAUCACGAGGGCAGACGGGUCCUCAGUCAGACGUACUGCGGUUCGGCGGCCUAUGCCGCGCCGGAAGUUGUCGCCGGGACCCCGUACAAUCCGAAGUUAGCGGACGUGUGGUCGCUCGGCAUUAUUCUCUUCAUCAUGCUCAACGCGACAAUGCCGUUCGACGACGCGAAUCUACGAAAGCUUCUCAAGGAUCAGAUGUCGCGCAAUUGGGUGUUCAGAUCGCGCGUCCGAGAUACGGUGUCCACGCUGGCGAAGAACAUCGUCCGUCAAAUUCUCGAGCCCGACAUCACGCUCAGGUUGACCCUCGAGAGAGUGCUGGGUCACGAGUGGGUGAGAACGAGGAAAGAGAAAACGAGCUCUCUCGUCGGAAGACUCGUCCAUUCGGCGCCGCCGAGUCACACCCCGAUGUGCGGAGGUAGUAACAUGGGCGGAUCGGAUGCAACCGGAACCGGAAACAUACCUGUCAUAGCGAGAGCGCUUCCGGCGUUGAGAAAUUCGGAAAAUCAGAAUCCAACGUCCGCGAAAACGGUAACCACCACUUCGGGAAAAGAUCCGCAAUUACUUGUCAACGUCGGAUGAAGAAACGAUAAUUUGUGAAGGAACCCUUGUGUUCGACGCGUCGAAGAUGUACAAUUGGAAAUACAGAAAAAUGCAGAAUCAAAAAUAAUAAUCGAAGAUGAGCAUUUUUUCGAAAAUAUUUUUAUAUAUUUGUUUUUACUAGUAAUGUUUUUUUGUAUAACCUUUUUAUUACAAUCACAAUGCAAACUUACACAAAUGUUGGUAACAAAUAUUGUUAUUUAAUAAAUACGUUAUGAUUUUGACAGAAAUUAUAAUUUGAGAGAAAGUUGAUUAUUUAGUUAAUAACAUUUUUAAUAAUUUUCAACAAAUUUUUCAUUUACUUCUUUUUUUUUUUCUACAUUCUUUACAAUUGCACAGUGCUGUAUAUCCAACUGUUGUACGCAUAUUGUUCAGUUCUUCGUCGCAAGCUUAAAAAAGAGAAAUAGAAAAAUCUGCCAACUGUAUUAAUGUAUAAGUUUAAUAUGUGUAUAUAUAUAUAUAUAGUUAUUUUCUAUUAAUGUACAAAACUAUACUCUUUUUUUUGGUUAUACUUACAUACAUAAUGCGAUAUUCCUGCUAGAGAUGUAAUAGUACGUUUAACGAUAUAUGAUAUAUAUUUAUCUUUUUUUUUUAUAUAUCUAAUGUUUACAAGUUUUGUUUUUGUUUUAAAAUAUAACAAAUAAUUUACACGAUUCGAUAUCUCUUACAUUGUUAGGUCGAGCUCGUUUAACAUAGCACCUUGUGACACUGAAAACGAUACUUAGCACACACAUUAUGAGGGGAAUUAUAUAAUCGUUUGUUAUUUAAAAAUUAUACGCAACAUAAAGAGAAAAUAACCGAAUUAAGAUUUUGCAAUCUAACUCUGCUUUGCAGAGUUUAGUGCGUGUUUGACGUAUUUGGUCUUACAAGUUCAUGCCCAAUUCGCAACAUUGCCCACUGAUUCUCUCACACAAAAAUCGGAAAUCUCAUUGUUGCACUUCUUUUGUGUGUGUGUGUGUGUGUGUGGAUGUGUGUGUCUCUAUUCUAAACUAUCCUCUAUUCUUAAUUAAAUUACUCUAUUUAUAAUUGUGUUACUCUUCCGAUCGAAUUCGCAUUCUUGUAACAUGUAACAGCGACAACACAAUCACGUUAGAAAAUUCGCGCGAUUUAUUUUUCUAUCCUAGAUGAUUUUAUACGCGUCAUUGAGAAAUAAGAACAGAAGAAAUGAAGGGUAAAAAAACCCCUUUGUUAUAUAAAAUUUAGAAUAGAGAAUUAGAGACGUUUAUCUACAAUUUAUCAUCGUAAAAUACACUUUACACGUGUCUAUAAAACAAUUGUAAGUAUAUAGAAAGCUUGAUCUUUUUUUCCUUACGGAAAAGUAGACUUCGAGACGGUUACCGAAACUUACAUCCAUAUAGCACGUCCGUGUAUCUCAAAAUUAUUCCUAGAUAUCUAUUCGAAAUGUAUGGAAUAUUUGCUGGAUAUCCACUGGACCUCUGUGUUAUAUGGAUUUUUCUAUAAAUAAGAUAAUUCGAUUGCACGAUCAUAAAUAUAUCUUCGAAGUGGUUUUCUGUUGAAUAAAGAUAAAAUAUCGCUAAAACUGUUCCGCUCACCUGUGAAAGGGACGCAUUGUUCUAUUUACAGCGUAUAUAGUAGCGUUAAAAAACAAAUGAGACGACACUACGACCAGAUUUAAAUAUUUUUACAAGCGCCAGAGCCAGCAUGCAGUAAGUCCACACACAUCGAACGCGUAUAAAAAAAAAAAAAACUGG